GAUAGUGAGGAGUCCAGUGUAAAGACGUUGCCGGCAGCUUACUUGUAAUAACCUACAUUGAUUGUGUUUUCGGCGCUGCAGAAGCUUUUUGGAGCACGUUAUUCUUAUGAAUUACACACAAAGCAGGAGGCGUCUCUUUACAUUUAGUUGUAUUAUCUGUGUUGAGAGGACGAUGCCUUUGAGGACGGGACUUUUUCUCCUGAUGGUGCUGAACGCAUCUGCAUAUGAACUGGAUCAAAACGAGUCUUAUUCGCCCAGGAGAACGCGCUUUUCUGCCAAUAGCCCUUCAGAUGUGGCACGCUGUCUCAACAGUGCCCUCCAAGUUGGCUGCGGGGCCUUCGCCUGCCUGGAAAACUCAACUUGUGACACAGAUGGCAUGCAUGACAUCUGCAAGUCCUUCCUUUACAGUGCUGCUAAAUUUGACACUCAGGGUAAAGCAUUUGUGAAGGAGAGCCUUAAGUGCAUUGCUAAUGGCAUCACCUCGAAGGCAUUCCCCACCAUCCGCCGCUGCUCCACCUUCCAAAGAAUGAUAUCUGAAGUCCAAGAGGAGUGUUACAGCAAGCUGGAUAUCUGCACUGUAGCCCGAUCAAAUCCAGAUGCUAUUGGCGAAGUGGCACAGCUACCAAGUCACUUCCCCAAUAGGUUUUAUGGUAAGCUGCUCCAGAGCCUGAUGGACUGUGAUGAGGACACAGUGGACCGCGUUAGGACCAGCAUGGUGUCGCGGCUGGGCCCAGAGAUGACCAUGCUUAUUCAGCUGCUGCAAAACAAGCCCUGCCCAUCCACUGCUGUGGCUGCUGCAGCUGCCGCCAUCCCAACUGGAGUGGAGGGCCGUGGGAGCUGGCGCUGGUCCAUGGGUCCCCAUAUGUACAAGAUCCAGCCUAAUCUGCGAAACAGAGACUCCGCCAGUAAUUUUGGCAAAAAGCGCUCUGCCAGCGACAGCUCCUAACUUCCACUCAGAUUCAGAAACUCCACACAUUCCUCAAAACAUCAUGAAAGCUCCUCUAUUCCCUGGGGGUGAUGAAAUCCAUUCCUCCGCUAGACUGGAAGUUACAGAAAUACGCACCUCUAGGGAAUGCCGGAACGCACAUAGAGUUGAUAUCAGAGUUUGGUUGUUGUUAUAUUGUAUAUCCUACACUUUAGGCUUGAGAGAACCCCCCCCUUCCAUCGAGUCCGCUCACAGUUAGUGUUGAACAUGUGGCUGUUGCAUCUGUGCGACAUGGUCCUGUUCACUCCUCUUCACCUCCACCAACAGAGAUGAAUCCUUAAGAAGUCUUUUGAUGCCAAGCAAAAAAAAAAGAGAAGAAAAAAACAGCCAUAGUGGUUCACGCCUCUAGAGCAAAAGUCCGUACUUUAAAAGAUAACGCAAUCUAAUAUCCCCGGCAUUUAAUCAUUAAUAGAAAUCAGUAGUUGGAUUAUUAUUAGUUCACUGAUAGGAAUGGGAUAUUAUUGGUAGAUGUAUUUAAUAUUUCAGUGAUGAGACCAGUCAAAUUGUGAGCAUGAGAUGUGGAAAUGAGUUUCAUAUCUAUUUUCUGACUAACGUAACAGUUAAAUGUACUGUAUACUAAGGUAUCUGAGACAGCCAUAGCUUGCCCUCUAAAAGAGAGUGCUCAUACGGAGUGAGGUCUGUAGAGGUUCCACGAUAACCUUUGAGUUACCUUAAACUGACCAAAAAAAACUUCAAACUGCCCUAACUGCUAUUCAUGAAAUACCAAAAUAGUGUAUAGCUAAUAGCACUUAUAGUUGUUGUUUUUCUCUGAUGGCAGAUGUAGCCACUGUCAUGUGUUUCAAUUCAUCAUCCUGCACAUAAGGAUUGUCCCGGUCGUGGCCAAGUCUAAAUAUCAGAAAAAAGUCCAUUAUGCAUAUCUUGUAUACAGACACUUGUAGUGCAUAUGACUGUUGAGCUCUACAUAAUAUGUGGGACCAUGUUUAGUGGAAUCUGUAUCCAUGUUCUUAACUGAGCUUGAGGCGGUCGUGUAUGUGCAGUAGCUGAUUAGCACGUUCACCGAUGAGACUGAGAGCAGCCCUCUUCUUGGACUGACGAUCAUCGUUCUCUGAGGUGAAUAACGUGACAUACACACUGGCUUCCAGUGUCAAGAUUGAGAAUAACUAUUUAAAACAAAAAGCCUUGUUGGAACGAUAUUUAUUUUCCUACUAUAUUAUUUAAUUGUGUUAUUAUAGUUCUUAAUUGGUUUACAGAUUUAAAAAGCAGUUCAGUCAUGGCUCCUAUUUGAACAUGCGCUCUAUGCCAAAAAAAAAAAAAAGAAAAGAAGUGAGCUGACACUCUGGUGACUGAAUGGGACCCAUGUCAUGACUCUGUGCUGGCCAUAGGGGAACAAGGUUGGUCAUUCAAGUCAGGUGAUCUACGUUAUGCGUGUUACAAGGGACCACAACAAACCGAUAGCUUCAUUCUGACACAGUUUCUGGUUGAAAAAAAAAGAAAAAAGGACGUCGUUGCAGCUGCUAGAUGUGCUUGUUCAGUGAUGGGGGUUUGUGCACAUUGUCGAUGACUCAAUCAAAGUAAAACAAACACCAGCAUCAGGUUUUUUGAUUGUUGACUGCACUAGUUUGCAGUGCUUAUCUUCGCACGGGCUGAAGUUAAUUUCCCUCAAGGUGGCUGCAUAGUUGAAUCUAAUGCGUAACAAGUGUCAUUGAUUAUCGUCAUCUCUUGCAUUUUUUUCCUGUUAUUAUUUAUUUUGCAUGUUAUUUUGUCAAUGUCUCAGUUCUGAUACAACACAGUAGAGAAAGAGACGGGAAAAAUGCAAGAGAAAGGCAUCAUGGGAGUACAUACUGCGGUAUCUGUGUCUGCUUUAGCCCUCGGUCGCAAAAUCUCUUUUAAAGCCCCUGAAAACCUGCUUUUUAAUCAAGAAUUUUUGUCGUGAUAUUACAUAUUAAUGGUUAAAUAAGCAACAAUCAAAGUUAAGAUUCAAGAAAAUUCUUGGUUGUUAUUUUAUCACCGAAAACUUAGAUAACACAGUAGGAUUACUUUCAGCUCAGGCAUGUUUUACUCAAGCUGCAGACAGUGAGAAAGUAACCAACGUGUGUGAAGAUAUUUACAGGCCGCUGCUACUGACUUAGUUCACACACUCGCUCUGCAACAUGUUGGUGGUACAUUGUUGGAGUUCAGUUAAAAUGACACUCAGGCGUUGUCUCAGUAAGAAGCACAUGUUAAUUUGUGUGUAUUAAGGGACCUUGUAACUGUUACAUCAAAGUAACAAAAAGUCCCAGAAGACUUCAUCUAGUAAGCAAAAUCAACAUUUGAAAUCUAAACAGUUUUGCAGGUAAGAGUGCAUGUUUCAUGGCCUUCAGGAGGUCGAAACAAUCACUCAGUGUAAUCAGUCGAUCAGCGCGGAGCCACGGUCACUUCAUGCUGGUGUUUGUUUCAUCGAUGCCUGGUCGAUAGAUGGUUGUGAUAAUCAAUGGCUUAAGCUAGUUUCUCUACUGACAGUAAAUUGCAAAUGUUUGUGCACAUGGAAAAUGCAAUAUAAAGAGUAGCUUGGAACCAGGGCUGGGUUCGGUUCACUAUUAAGCAAUUUGAUCCAGAAAACACCCGUUCUUGAAUAUUCAAACCUUGCAAAUCGGUCGUCUUGAAAAUAGUUUUAUAACAAAAUUAUGAAAUAUAGUUUUGGCUUCAUGAAGGGAAUUGAACCCAGCCCCGUUUGAAAAAAAAAAGGGAAUUUAUAUAUUUUCCUGGAUUGAUAAGAGUGAAGCACAGACCAGAAAAAAAAGAGAUGUCAGUGUCAAUUUAAUAGCUAUGUUAAGAAUUUAAAACUAUGCAAUAAUCUCACAUUAAAGGAUUCACAGCAACACAGAAAUUGACCUUUAUUUCAUUCAGUGCCAGCUGAUGCUGUGUGAAUAAAACAGCAGCUUGUUUGCUCUCGCACUGCGCUCACAGCGUGAAGGCAUCGCUCCUCUAUAUCGCUUUCUGUUUCCGUGUUUUUUUGUAAACCGUGUUUCUUUUUGUUCUGUAAAUAUGUGCAUUUCUUUUGUGUCAUUCGGUGUGAAAGGACAGUUCUGAAGGAGUCACUUGGGAAGUUACGAGCUAUAGUCACACUGUAGUGUAUCCUAGCUUACUAUGUUAUGACAAAUAUGCACUUUGCAUCCUAACCACUAUAAAGGGCAUUGAAACUCAGCACAUGUGCAAUUGAGACAUGUUUUAUUUACCCAGUGAGAAAUUAGAAUAUUUCGCAUCCUGAAGGGUCAGGGCUUCUUCAUGUACUAUUGAUACAUAUGUCUGUAUCUUUGUUGUCCAUGGGUAAAUCCAAAACCCAACAGCUGCUGCUAAACUGUUACUUCCCUGUGUGAUGCUGUCCAGAUGCCCCUCUGCUGUGGCCGCUCUGGUCUGUCAACACACAGUGAGCUCAGCAUCAGUCCACAUUUACAUUCAAAUAUUUGACUGUCUAUCCAUGUUUUCAUAUUUAUUUUCUACGAACAUUCCUCGUGUCAAAUAUAUUUGCCAAAGGCAAAUGGACUGUUUCCUCACCAAGUCAAAUGUAAUGGUAAUUUCAGAGAAUGUACCUGUAUACUGAAUGUCUGUUUCGACGAGAACAUGCCCAAGUUAGGUGACCCAUGAAGGCUGUUAGGGAAAAAAACUAAAAGUGAGAAAAGUAUAUAAGGUAAAGUUACUUUCUGUUUUAGAUUGUAAUAAAAGUAUAGGGUGUUUAAGGUGGUACUGGAGCAUUAUUAAAUUGACCCAUGGAGAGUUUUGUGAAACUGUUUCUCCUGUCAACACUAGAGACUAAAGACUUCUCACUUCUGGCACUUCAUGGUACUCUUUCCUCUCAAGACUUGAAAUAGAUAAAUGUUGUGCUUAAACUAAAUCAAAAAGCUUCAGUGACUAGUAAAGUUUAUUUUGUAUUCAUAUAUAAGUGACAGUUAUUUUACUAUCAGAUUCAGAAAGUUAUCGAGGAUUUAAGGAGGUUACUGAACUUCCUCAUACAGAUGCUAUGUAACGCAUGAUUGACCCUUGUGAAUCACUUGCACUUUAAGAUAUACCCAUAUACAUAUAUACCCAUACUGUGUAUAUGUUUGGGUUUUUCCUCUGUACUGAAAAGUCAUGAAAGAUACAAAUGCAUCAACUGUGUGUCUUUUGCUGAUCAGAAAUAAAAUAUUUAUCAUAUCUGGCAUAUGGUAUGAAAUAUGUUG